GGCAGGUCCAGUGUGAGCAGCGUUUCCGGAGCCCCGGGACCGUCCCAGCCCUGGGGCAGUUGGAGUGGCUGUGACAUCCCCUGGGCAUCGGUCCCCACGCCCCAUCCUGGCUCUGCCAACCGGGCUUAGGAAGGGAAACUGAGGCACAGAGGUGGCCGGGGCGCUGCUGGUGUAGAGCAGGGAGAAACAGGGUCCUGUGGCGGACACCCCUAUUGGCAGCAACAAGGGGCCUCAUCCUGCCCUCCCUGCCAGCUCCAGGCAGCGUUUGGGAUGCUCCAGGCCCCCAUCCCCCCUGCGGGGCGCGAUGGGGACGCCGGGCGCGGGGAUGGCACAUCCCCACGGCGUGGGUACCCGGCAGCAGGGCAGAGGCUGUGUCCUCGCCCUCGCCGAGGGGUGACAAGAGGAUCCUGGGGACCAUCCCCAUCCUGCCUCGCUGCGGCGGCGCAGGGCCUCCCUGGGUUUCCAUGGAAACCGGCUGCUUUUUUGCACUCCCCAUUUUUCCUGCAUUUUCCCAUCUCGGGGAGCCGCGGCCGUGCCGGAGGGGCUGCGGGCAGAGAUAAGCUCUUUGGGAAGCGGCUGCUCCAGGCUGGGCGCUACAUCAUGUCCCACAAAGCCUGGAUGAAGACUGUGCCCACGGAGAACUGCGAUGUGCUCAUGACCUUCCCAGACACCACCGACGAUCACACGCUGCUCUGGCUCCUCAACCACAUCCGCCUCGGCAUCCCCGAGCUCAUCGUCCAGGUCCGCCACCACAAGCACACCCGCGUCUACGCCUUCUUCGUCACUGCCACCUACGAGAGUUUGCUGCGUGGGGCCGAUGAGAUCGGGCUGCGAAAGCCGGUGAAAGCCGAAUUCGGUGGAGGCAUGCGGAGCUUCUCCUGCGAGGAGGAUUACAUCUACGAGAACAUCGAGAAUGAGCUUUACUUCUUCACCUCUCAGGAACGGCAAAACAUCAUCAGGUACUGGCUGGAGAACCUGCGCGCCAAGCAGGGGGAGUCGCUGCACAACAUCCAUUUCCUCGAGGGGCAGCCCAUCAUCCCGGAGCUGGCGGCCCGCGGUGUCAUCCAACAGGUCUUCCCGCUGCACGAACAGAGGAUCCUCAAGCGGCUGAUGAAGUCCUGGGUGCAGGCGGUCUGCGAGGUCCAGCCGCUCGAUGAGAUCUGCGACUACUUCGGGGUGAAAAUCGCCAUGUACUUCGCCUGGCUGGGCUUCUACACCUCGGCCAUGGUCUACCCCGCUGUCUUCGGCUCCAUCCUCUACACCAUCACCGAGAGUGACCAGACCAGCCAGGACAUCUGCUGCGUGGUCUUCGCCAUCUUCAAUGUCGUCUGGUCCACCCUCUUCCUCGAGGAGUGGAAGCGCCGCGGGGCUGAGUUCGCCUACAAGUGGGGGACAUUGGACACCCCAGCUGAAUCCAUCGAGGAGCCGCGGCCCCAGUUCAGGGGCAUUAAGAGAAUCAGCCCCGUGACCAGCGCGGAGGAGUUUUAUUACCCGCCGUGGAAGCGCCUGCUCUUCCAGUGCCUGGUCAGCCUCCCCAUCUGCCUCACCUGCCUCUCCAUCGUCUUCCUCCUCAUGCUGGGCUGCUUCCACCUCCAGGAGUUUGUGCUGAGCAUCAAGGAGCUGCCCCGCAUCCUCCGUUUCCUCCCCAAAAUCGUCCUGGCCGUCAUCAUCAGCGCCUGCGACGAGGUUUACAAGAAGGUCGCCUACUGGCUGAACGACAUGGAGAACUACCGCCUGCAGAGUGCCUACGAGAAACACCUCAUCAUCAAAAUGGUCCUGUUUCAGUUUGUAAAUUCAUACCUGAGUCUUUUCUACAUCGGUUUCUACCUCAACGACAUGGAGCGGCUGAAGGAGCUCCUGCUCAUCUUCUCUCUCUCCCAAAGCCUCGUGCGUCAGCUCAAAGAGGCUCUCCUUCCCUUCAUCCUCCUCCACCUCCACCUCUCCCUCAUCUUCAUUAAGACCCUCCUGGGCUUUUGCUGGAAACUGGGAGUAUCCAAAAUGUUGGCCACGCUGCUCAUCACCCGCCAGUUCCUGCAGAACGUCAGGGAGGUGUCACAGCCCCACCUUUAUCGCCGCCUGCGCCGGGGAGACCUCAACCUCCACAACCUCCGCCAGCUCGCCCACACCAUCCUCCGCCUGCUCGCCCCUCGCCGCCAGCCCCCAGCCCCCUCCGAGGGGUCGCGGGGGGAGAAGAAGUGUCUGAACGGGGGCUGCGGGGUGCCGGAGGAAGAGGAGGAGGAGGAGGAGCGGCGCGAGUCGGACUCGGAGGAGGAGAGCGCCUUGGAUUGCGGGUUGAAGCUGAAGAAGGUGAGCUUCAUCGAGAAGGCGGAGCGGCGCGGCGGGGAGCCCAGCGGCCCCGAGGAGGAGAGCUUCCUCGAGGAAGGCAGCCCCACCAUGGUGGAGAAGGGCAUGGACCCCGCGUCCGUCUUCGAGCUGUGUGAGGAUGAGGAGGAGGCUGAAGGUCCUCCUGGCAGCCCCAUCAAGGCCGCAGAGCCGGCGGUGGUCCUGCGGGCUGGCAGGAGGAGACGGGAGGCUGAGAGCCGGGAGGAUGAGGAGGGUGAGGAGGAAGGACGGAAGCGCAACCGGGCAUCGUGGAUCGACCCACCGGAGGAGGACUACUCCACGCAGCUGACGCAGGCGGAGGUGGAGAGCUGCAUGAAGAAGUACGAGGACACCUUCCAGGACUACCAGGAGAUGUUCAUCCAGUUUGGCUACGUGGUGCUCUUCUCCUCCGCCUUCCCCCUCGCUGCCAUGUGCGCCCUGGUGAACAACAUCAUCGAGAUCCGGAGCGACGCCUUCAAGCUGUGCACAGGGCUCCAGCGUCCCUUCGGCCAGCGUGUCGAGAGCAUCGGGCAGUGGCAGAAGGUGAUGGAGGCCAUGGGCGUCCUGGCCAUCGUGGUCAACUGCUACCUGAUAGCUCAGUGCGGGCAGCUCCAGCGCCUCUUCCCCUGGCUCAGCCCCGAGGGAGCCAUCAUCUCCGUGGUGGUCCUGGAGCACUUUGCCCUGCUCCUGAAGUACGUCAUCCAAGUGGCCAUUCCCGACAUCCCUGCCUGGGUGGCUGAGGAGAUGGCCAAGCUGGAGUACCAGCGCCGUGAGGCCUUCAAGAAGCACGAGCGGCAGGCGCAGCACCACUUCCAGCAGCAGCAGCGGCGCAAGCGGGAGGAGGAGGAGCGCCAGCGGCACGCCGAGUACCAGGCCCGCAAGGAGCGCGAGUCCAGCCGCGACGAGGCCAAGGCCGAGGCCGCCGGGCAGGACCCGGCCCAGGAGAAGAGCCAGAGCAAAGGGAAGGGCUCCGGAGGUUCCUCGCACGGCUCUGACAAACCCAAGCGACCCAGCUCCCUCCUGGCUACCAACAACGUGAUGAAGCUGAAGCAGAUCAUCCCGUUGCAGGGCAAGUUCCUCUCCGGGGGAAGCGGAGCUGGUGGCACGGCCACCGCCAGGUCCCCCCAGUCCCCCACGGGCAGCGAGAACAAACUCCCCGGCUUCCUCAGCUUCAAGUUCCUGAAAUCGCCCGAGACUAAGAGGGACACGGGGACCGAGAAGGUCCAGUCGCCCACCAAGCCGUUCAAUCCCGGCAAGCUCUUCAACUUUGGCAAGUCCGAAGGGGCCGGGGGCAACGGCGCUGCGGCCACCGCGUCCCCACAGCCCCGUCCGGGCCCCUCGGCGGACACGGGCGAGCGGCCGGUGCCCAGCAAGUCCCAUCUCAACGGGGUGCCCGAGGAGGGCAGCCGAGAGGAGCCGGAGAGCAGAGCCGAGGAGGAGAGCGGGGGCUAUAAACCCUAAGCAGACAUUUUGGGGCGGUGGGAGCGAUGCGGGGCUGCCCGCUCCCCUCUCCGGGCAGCCGCGGAUAUCGUCACCCUCUCGCCUCCCCUCGCCGUCGGCUGCAGGGAGGGCAGUGCUGACCCCUUGCCCUGCACCAUCCCCCUCUGCCGCGUCCCCUCAGCCCCUCCGCUGGACCCGCUGCCACCCCGGCCACAGCCCCGGCGAGGACCCGGCCGCGUCCUGCACCACGGACACCAGUCUUCAGAUGGAGCGUCCCGACAGCUUUCCCUCCCGCGCCUCCCCACGGAUCACGGGUGGGACAUGUCCUGGUCCGGCCGUGUGCCGCGAGCACAGGGUCUCGGCCGCCGGCGCUGUACUCACCUCCGCGAGGCGUCGGCCCUGGGAGAUGCCACGGUUCAGCCCGAGGAGACACAGGGGAGCUCGGCGCCGCCAGAUCCACCCGGACCGGCUCGCCAGGCCGAGCACCCAAAUCUCUGAUCGUGGAGACCACAGUGCUUGAAGGAGCGGCAGCGAGAGGAGCCCGAUUCACCCGUGCCUACAGCCGCUGCUGUACAGCCAUUGCCCGGGGUGCCGCGGCACCAGCCGUGCCCUGCUCCCUCCCGCUCCCGGCAGCCUCCGCGUGGAUCCCUUCCCAACACCAGGACAUUUUCCUGCCCAAAACCUGGAGAGCCGGGAGGGAAGGGGGUGAGCGGCCAGCGCCAGCCCCCUGGAUUCCCAUGCAUGGGCAGCAUCUCUUGCACUAAAACCAAACCAAAUCCCAACGCCAGUGACUCUUUCUCCCAUUCUUCACUCGAGGGCUCGAGGCAGCGGAGGUGAGAUCUGGCACCGGCGAUGGCAGAGCCCAGCCGGACGCAGGCAGCGGCCACAGUGACUGCAACGUGAGCCGGGACAGUCCUUUCCCCUCUCCGCUUUCUUAUUUCACGGAAUUAUUUUGCAAUAAGGCACGCCGGAGCACGGGAGAAGAACUGGGAAUGGGGAGGGAAACAGGAGCCUCUCUGUAAGGGCAGGGUGGGGGGUGGGAGCAGCUUCGCUUCUGCCACGGCGAAGGUUUUGCCAUGGCUGGGUUAGUCGUAGUGCUUUAACAGCCGCUCCCCUCGCUCCGGCUCCGCGGGGAGGGGGCUGCAACGCGGCUGCUCCUCGCUUGCCGGGGGCUCUGCUCGGUGCUGCUUCGCUUUAAGGGCCAGGGUGGGGUGGGGGCAACCCAAGGGUGACCUGGCUGGGGUUAUCCGACCCUGCCGGCUCCCUCCCGCCCCUUGGCACCAGCUCUGCUCUCCACCAACCAUUCCCAACGGAAGAAGGGGAGCCGAGGGGGGCCCGGGCAGCCGCCCCAUCACUGUGCCUGGUCCAGGCCCGGGCGCUUACGCGGGGUCUUUGCACCCCUCUCUCCCCAGGGCCUGGGCUGUAGAAAACGUCAGGUUGUGUUUUUCCCCCCCGUCUCUUUCCACAUAUCAUGUAAUUUGGUUUUUUUGGUCUUUGAAUCAAGCCAUUUUAUACAGCAAUAAGGGCAGGAGAGGGUGAAGGCUUCACCUGCUGCUCUGCUUACCCGCACAGGAGCCAAGGUGCUGCCAGUGGUCCGACACGGGCAGGGGGAUGCUCGCCAGGGCUGCUGCAGCAGGGGCAAGAAAACGGUUACUGAGGGUGGGGAGGCCCUGGCCCAGGGUUGCCCCAAGAAAUCAUGGCUGCCCCAGCCCUGGAGGUGUUGAAGGCCAAGUUGGAUGGGGCUUGGAGCAACCGGAUCCAGGGGAAGAGGGGUGGAACUGGAUGAACUUCAAGAUCCCUUCCAACCUAAACCAUUCUGUGAUCCCCGUGUCAGCUGGGGACA